AGUGUAUACACGUAACCUUUGAAAGUCUUCACUUCCAUAAAACCUUACCUAUAAAAAAAAGCCGUAAUUAUCAUCAUCAUCGUUCAAUAAUACAACAAAAACUUACCACUUUUUCAAAAAGUGCAGUCCUUUCCGGUAAAUUCCGUCGCAGCAGAGUCCACGCGGAACUCCAACUCCGCCAUUGACACCAUCCACCAAUUUGUAAAGGUUCGUUGAAAACAAGUGUUGCAACAUUACAUCAACUACUUUGUCCAUAGCUGCGUAUAAAUAUGACAGAAGCUAAUGUUAGUAUUUGGGAUGGAGACGAAACUCGAGCCAAAAAAGACAGUUCUCUGGUGAAGAUAAAAGUUCUGUUUUUCGCACGAGCGCGUGAUCUUACCGGCUUGAGUGAGGUACCAUUGGAAAUCUCAUCUGGAAGUACUACUCAGGAUUGUUUGAAAAAGCUUCUUGUUCAAUUUCCACGUUUGGAAGAAAUACAAGGAUGCAUGGUUCUGGCUCUGAAUGAGGAGUAUACAAUGGAUUCAACCAUUGUUAAAGACAAGGAUGAGUUGGCCAUUAUACCUCCAAUAAGUGGUGGAUGAUGAUUCUACUUGUUAGUAAUUUUCUUCCUUCUCUCAAUUUGAUUCAGAACUCCUUGUUUGUUUAGCUUACAGAGUGACUCAACAUAUGUGAAUCUUGUAAUAAAGUCUUUUAUGUUGUAUCAGAUAUGAAUAAAGUUGAAUAAAAUUGAGAAAUUUCAGUUCA